UGUAGGGACAUGCAUCAGGCGCUCGCGCAUUCGUGGAUCAGACCUCACCAAGGACACAUCUGCGCAGAGAUUUCUUGGAUUUUUGUUUAGCAUCUCGAGCUUCCGCAAAUCAACUGCCAUCAGUAAUUUCUAUUAGUAAAUGAGCACGUUAUUUCUCAUUGUGUAAUGGAGGAUCCCUAUUUCUCGUGUGCUUAUGUGUUAUUUAGCCUACUUAAGUACAUGCCACAUUUCAUCCGAUAUACCUAAUGGACAAAAAUGAUUCAAAUGUUAGAAAUCUCGGUGAUUGGAAUGCUUCAAUAUAUUCUGAUUUGUACAACUCGAGACCGUUCGACUACCUGUAGGAUUGCAUCAAGCGCGUAAGGGAGGCGGUGAUGCCCAGGAGGUAAUGCGCAUUAGUAUAAUGUGACACAGUUCGGUUUUUUUGCACUCGAACGGAGGUUUUUGUGUACAUCGUGUACAUUUAUACCCUGCAAUUACAUAAGCUAAUGGAGCCACCGUAAUCUCAAGGAGAAACGACAACACGUUGUUUUUGAACAGGCGUUGGGAUGCUCUACGUUUAUCCUUCAAACCCAGUUGAAGAUGUACAGAAUACGGGGCCAUUUCCAGCAAUAUACGCGUACCUGUACCAUACAAGCUCCGUCUGAAUGGCAAUACUUGAAUGUUUGAUUUCGUGAAAUCAUAUGGCAAUAGUUUUUGCACCUGAUGCAAAGCAAUCCGCAAUCGAUCGAAUGAAUGAUCAUUUCUGCAUGUGUGCAGAGUGACUAAUCGCACCUGGACCACAAAAAGACAGGAAGAAGAUGAAUCAGACACGCGUUUUGAUUGUUGGCUUUGAGCUUCCAGAAAGCGCUCUGUAGUAAAGUUGCAGUGGCCGAACUACAGGUGCUUUAUGAAGAUCAGGAUACAAGCGUUGGUUUGCCUUCGCAGAAAUGCCAGUGCGUGCUGUGACUUCCAGGUUCAUGUACAGGGGACUUUGCUCUAUUCCAGAUAUCCUCUCCUACAAGGCUCCCGUCAGCCUCCCUGAGGAUGAAGUGGAGGAGAUCCGUGAAGCCUUCAAGGUGUUUGACCGUGAUGGGAAUGGAUUCAUCUCAAAACAGGAGCUGGGAGUGGCCAUGCGGUCUCUUGGUUACAUGCCAAAUGAAGUGGAGCUGGAGGUGAUCAUUCAGAGACUGGACAUGGAUGGCGACGGUCAGGUUGACUUUGAAGAGUUCGUAGCGCUUCUCGGACCAAAACUGUCUUCAGCUGGUAUGCCUGACAGGUUCCACGGAGCCGAGUUUGACUCCAUAUUCUGGAAGUGUGACAUGCAAAAGCUGACUGUGGAUGAGCUGAAGAGACUCCUGUAUGACACCUUCUGUGACCAUUUGACUAUGAAAGACAUCGAGAACAUCAUCAUGACAGAGGAGAGUCAUUUAAACAGCCCCGAGUGCCAAGUAGAUAUUGACACAAGUCCCAUGCAACAAGUCAAGCACACCUGUGUGCGCAAGAGCUUGAUUUGUGCCUUCGCCAUUGCAUUUAUCAUCAGCGUCAUGCUCAUCGCAGCCAAUCAGAUGCUUCGAAGAGGAAUGAAAUGAAGAGUUCUGUUUUUAAGACAACAAAUGACUGCGAAAAGGAAACAAGGUAAAAAUGCAAAAAAGUCCACUAAUGUCACUAGUUUCUAUGAUCACAGUUUUACAGAAACACCAAAGGCUGCACUUUCAUUCUACUAUAAACUCAAGGUGAAGACAGACUGUUGUUAGACAGGCAAAAGAACAAUUUAGCCCAAACAAUAUAGUUUAAAAGUGUCACGGUCAUUAUUGUGUAGAACUAAAAUAGGAGCAAUUAGUAAUGAUCAUUGUCCUAUAAGAUAUCCUUGGCUUAUGUUACAAAGUAGACAUCUAUUGUAGCACAUUAUACUAAAAAUAUGAUAUUAUAUUGUAUGGUUGUAACCCACUUUAAAUCAACACUGUGUCAGAGUCAUUAUAUAAAAUGACACUACGACAUUGACAAAAAUAUUUCCCCAAUGUUUAACAACGUUGUGUCACUGGAUCAUGUAUGGUACAUAGUUUUAGAUACAGUAGAUUUAUUUUACAAACAUGGUCCCAAACACCACCGGUUUGACCUUUGGGGAUAAUUGUCUAUACAGAAAGGAAUGACAGAAUAAAUAAUAUUUGUCUAUGUCACCAAGAAUAGUUAGGCUCAGAGCAAAUUAAAAAAAAGAAAAUGAAUGUACUAGAAAUUUACCAGUAAUAAACUGUGAUGGAAAAUAGAGUAUACAUUUGGUGAUAACCCAAAGUGUUACUGAAUUUAACCUGUGCAAUUGUCUUUUGUUAACUUGCAAAAACGGUAUUUCUUCCAGUCUUGACUCUCAGGAUUGUUUGUUGACAGGUCUUUUAUUAAUUUGUCUACUGGUUGUGUGAGAAAAAGCAAUGUGAAAAAUGACUGAAUAUUACUCGUACUGUGUGCCACAUGAGGCUAAAUGUUUUUGUCGAUAUCCUGCAAUAUAACUGUUCUCAGUGUUAAUACAUAUGAUUACAUAUUUGCAUGAAAUGUUUCCUAGCAUUUUGAUAACAUCAGUAUUGUCAGUGAAUUAUCAGUCUGUAUCAAUAUUAUUAUUAUUUUCUUUAACAACGUGUGGUUUUCAUUGUUCUGGGGUGUUGUAAUCUGUAUAAUGACUUAAUUUAUAUGUCAUGCAAUUAACUUUCUCUUAUCGUUUACUUUUAACCUAAUAUGGGUAACACUUUACAAUAAGGUUUCAUUUGUUAACAUUAGGUAAUGUAUUAACUAACACAAACUAACAAUGAGCAAUACAUUAGUUACAGUAUUUAUUAAUCUUUGUUAAUGUUAGUUAAUAAAAAUACAGUUGUUCAUUGUUUGCUCAUGUUAGUUCACUGUGCAUUAACUAAUGUUAACAAAUACAACUUUUAAUUUUAAUUAUGUAUUAGUAAAUAUUGAAAUUAAAAAUUAAGAUUAAGUAUUAAUUCUAAAUUAGUUAUGAAACCUUAUUG